AUGCCGCAAAAUGCUAUCAGGUCUCGGUCUACAUCGCCGUAUCUGGGCUUGAAGGCCCAGCGCAGGCGCAAGACCUCCAAGGAAGAACGGAUUUGUCCGGUCUGCGCUCAAGCAUUCAAGAAAGCGGAGCAUCUGGCCCGGCACCUCCGGUCUCACACAAAAGAGCGACCAUUCAAUUGCCCUGUGUGCCACAAGGCAUUCGCUCGACAGGAUACUUUGUUGCGGCAUUCACGGUCUCACCCCGCUAAUAAUGAGGAUUUUGAAGUAUCAGAGAUGAACUGUGAGCCAGUCGGUGGCGGUCAUGGGCGAGACAUGAGCGAUGAGCCUUUGAUAGCCCAACCUCCCUUCGCCUUGACAGUCUCAGGCCAAAUGGAGUCCGAGUCGAUGGUAGGGAACAUGAUCCCUCCUGUCUCCCCACCUAACAGUGCAUCGAUUGGUAGCCAGACUCUAAACCUUUCUGCCCCUGACAAUAGUAUAUAUAAUUCCCAAAUGGCCUCUUUGACCCCGUCAUUAUUUUUGGAAGCAGGAGAAGAUUGGGACGGCAGGUCACAACUCGCCUUGAGGGAUCACCAGCUCGACCGAGAUUGGGAGACCCUAUUGACUGGGGAGUACUUCGAUUUGAAUGCUGUGAACAUGUCCCUCUACGCAACCUCUGAGCCUUUUCCUACAAUCGACACGCUACCCAAGAUAUCCACCACUCGGCCACAUCCUAUCUCAAAUCUUGACGAGCAAUUGAAUCAACGUCAACGUGCUAGCUCAGUCCAGCGGAAAUGGCAUACUUCCUCCGAGCUGACGUCUUUCUCGGGAAAGAUGACCCCGGAUUUGUCCCAAGAGGGCAAUGACAUAAACGAGUCUUACCGCGAGAGACUCGCGGAACAUCUCCAGCAACCAGUGCAAUAUGGAGUCCUGCCAUCUACUGCAUUUCUUGGCCUUUGUAUUCAGGCUUAUUUUUCAAACUUCCACCCUCUAUUCCCGGUUGUCCAUAUGCCCACAUUCCGACCGGGCACACAAAACUCGAUACUACUUCUCUCCAUAAGUUCUAUCGGCAGUCUAUUUAUUGGAUCGACCCGCGCGCUGGCUCAUGGAAUCAGUAUGUUCGAGCGGCUCAACAAAGCCAUUUUAGCAUCGUUGCAGUGGGACACUUAUGUGUCAAAAUCAGGGUGCUCAUCCACGAUAGCGCUGCAGGCUUCACUUAUAGGCCAAACAUUCGGUCUAUUGAUGGGGAGACCAAAAGACUUGUUUGGUAUUGAAGUCUUCCAUGGAAGUGUAAUCGCCUGGGCGCGCAAAGCCAAACUGUUCCAUUUAAGACACUCAGAUUGCAACAUCCUAGAUCUAGAUGGCAAUGCUCUACAGGAUGCUUGGGUUUCAUGGGUCAAAACCGAGGUGAACCUGCGGAUCGUCCUUAGCCUCCACAUUCACGACGCCGAACUCGCACGAUUUCAUCACCACGAACCCCUCCUCCGCCACUCCCUCGACCGACUGCCCCAGAUAUCAUCCAGCGAGCUCUUCGCAGCAUCAAGCGCUAGCGACUGGAAAGCACUACUAGCAGAAACCCAACUUCAAAAUCUAGCAAGAUCAACCUGGCCCCAACAAUCCUCAGCAAACACCCAAUCCCAAUUCCAGUCCCAGCCUUGUUCCAAUCCCCCCUUGGCACCCGGCGACUUCGCCCUAAGCGGGAUGCUAGAAUCUAUCAGCGCUCUAUCUAGCGAUGACAACACGACAACAGCAGAAUGCCGCAACCUCCUAACAACCUGGUAUGCUGACUACGCACCAGAAACCCAAAGCAAGCCAUCUUGGCUGAACCUACUAAUCCUGUGGCACUCAAUAUUCAUAACCCUACACGCAGACUUCAACGCAAUAGAAAGCGCCUGCGGGCGCGACGGCUACGACGCAGCCCAAAAGCACAUCCCGUACGCCCGCUCAUGGGCCCGCUCCCUCGACGCAAAGCGCUGUGUCCUCCACGCCAUGCUCAUCCAGAAGAAUUUCGAGUCACUCCCUGUUGGCGCCGAGCCGGCGAUUCAUGUCCCACUUUGUCUGUACCACUGUGGUCUUGUUUGGGCUUGUUUUAUGUGUUUUAGUGAUGAUUUCGAGCCAGUUACCGUUGAUGCCACGGAUAAUUUGCAGUUUGGCGAGUUGCAGCUGGAUGGUGUUGAUGGUAUUGGUAUCUUGCUUGGGCAGGCUGGUGCGCUACUGCCGAGGAGGUUGGCGACGGGGUCAUUGUUUCGUAUCAUUGAUUUGCUGCAGAAAAUUAGCCAUUGGAGGAUCUCGCAGAGCUUGGCAUCGACGCUAUUGACGCUUGUUGAGGAGACGCAAGAUUUGUUUUGA